CAACACAACAAGCACACAAACAUCACCUCUCCCUCUCUCUCAAGCACACACCUGCACGCGCGUGCGUGGACACACACAAAAGCAUGGGUUCUCUAGGCCCAACCACCAUUAAUAGCAUGAGCAUGGCGAAGGCAGCAACCAGCGUCGGUACCAAGAACAGCGUGGUUGCCGUCGCCGAUCAGCAGCAAGCUGCAGGCCAGAAGAACUGCGGCAGCUACGCCUUCCAGAUGCCGCUGCACUACCCGCGGUACAAGAAGGCGGACUACGAGACCAUGCCGGAGUGGCGCGUCGACUGCCUCCUCCGCGAGUACGGCCUCCCCGUCACCGGCGACCUCGACAGCAAGAGAAAGUUCGCCAUGGGAGCCUUCCUCUGGCCCGACCAGUACUGAUGGAACUCAUGGCCGCGGUGAAUUACCGACCUGAGGUUGACAAGAGACCAAGUAGUUGCAGUGGCCGGAGCUCCGUCAUGCACAACCUCUGCCUCUGGAAACCUGAGUUCUAUCUGCCCCUGGCGCGAGUAAUGACGAGAACACUCAUAUCAGAAAAAGAAUGAUGCGCGGUGUUGAUGUCUUGCUGAAACGUCUAGUAUAGUUCUUGUUCCACGUACUGGCAGCAAUCUAGCUAGCAUUCCCUCUUAUGUUUUGUACAAGCAUCCGCUCAUCUAUGCAUGCUGAUCAUCUAUGCAUGCUGAUCAGUAUAUGUAUUGCAUCUAUCAAUAUAUAAAUUAGUAAAUAUAA